AUGGAUGAUAAUGAUUUAGGCGAUUUUGGAUCCGAUCCUUAUGAGUUCGCCGAUGUGAUUGGCGAUGGAGAUCAACCCUUGUACCCUGGUUGUAGUAAGUACACCAAGUUGUCCGCAUUAGUGAAGUUAUAUAAUUUGAAGGCAAAACAUGAGAUGAGUGAUGUUUAUUUUACAGAAUUGUUGAUACUUCAAGGAGAAUUGCUUCCAAAAGGAAAUACAAUACCUUCUUCUAUGUAUGAGGCAAAAAAGACUUUGUUUGCAUUGGGGCUGAGUUAUGAGAAAAUCCACGCAUGCCCCAAUGAUUGCAUCUUGUAUAGGAAGGAGUAUGAACAUUCAACUCAUUGUCCUACUUGUGGAAUCUCAAGAUGGAAGGAGGGCAAAGAUUCAAUCUUGAAAGAGUGUGUCCUAACAAAGGUAGUGUGGUAUUUUCCACCAAUUCCAAGAUUUAAAAUGAUAUUUCAAUCACGUAAGACAACCAAGAGUUUAACUUGGCAUGCUGAUAGAAAAGCAAUUGAAGGUCAGAUGUCUCAUCCAGCUGAUUCUCCCUCUUGGAAACUCAUUGAUGAUAAAUGGCCCAAGUUUGGUAAUGAGCCGAGAAACUUGAGAUUGGCUCUCUCAUCUGAUGGAUUCAAUCCCCACAGUUCUCUAAGACUGUAUGAUGCUCACAUAGGAGAAUACUUUACACUCAGAGCUGCAUUACUGUGGACAAGUAAUGAUUUUCCCGCUUAUGGAAACUUAUCUAGUUGUAUCGUAAAAGGAUAUAAAGCUUAUCCAAUAUGCGGUGAUGAUACACCUAGUCACAGGUUGAAAAAUGGCCACAAAAUAUGUUACAUCAGGCAUAGAAAAUGGUUACCAAUAUAUCAUCCAUAUUGGAGGCAACGUGCAGCUUUUAAUGAGAAACCUGAAUAUGACAUGCCUCCAAAGCCAUUAACCGGAGAAGAAGCGUUACAAAUGGUUGAAGGUUACAUUGCUGAGCGGUAUAUAGCUGAAGAAGCUGUAGAGUUUUACACCUAG